AUGGAGGAAAAACAAAAUGUAGUUUUAUUUCCGUCUCUCCUAAGACUGGACAGCCUAUGCCGAUAUCUGCUGCAAGAAGAACAGCAAAAACAAACAGAAGAAGAAAAUAACGAUGAUAAAGAAUGGUUCAGCAACAACUUAUGGCGGCAGACUCUCUUACCUUCUGCUUUUCAAGCUCUUGCAGAAGCCAUUGUGGAAGAGAAGGGGGAAUUGAAGAGAAAGUUAGACUUAAAUAAAUGCAGAGAAAGCUCAGAUAAACUGCGUGAGAGGCUGCAGGAUGCUGCGCUUAAAAUGAAAACACAUUCAAACCAAACAAAUGAUACACUAAUUCACCUAAGUUGUGAUUUGGUCUCCCUAGCAGUCGGGAUUCCUCUUUCUCCUCAACGAGCUGCUAAUUUACCCUUAAAUGCAUUAAAGAAAGAAUACACAUGCAACCCAAACGAUGCAUUUAAUGCAUUCGAAGCGGCACAAUCCAUCCUAGAACUCCCUAAAGAUGAAGUUAUUUCUUUUAUUGCCAAACAAAACGGAAGAUUUCCCCUAGGUUUGCUUUCUGUUGCUCGGGGGAGGCGAGUGAGAGAGGAAGAGAGAAGCCCUUCAGGGCCGCUAGAGGGAAAUAAUAAGACAGACGAAACAGCUGCAUAUCAACAUGCAACUGAAAAAAUAGAUUAUAUUCCUCAAGUUUUGAUGGUUUCUCCUUUUUGGAUAGCUGAGCCGUGCGACAAGCGGAAGAAGGCGGGAGCGAUGUCUGUGCAGAAUGCGCAGAAGAGGGUUGUUGAAUCUUUAAAGAAAUUACAAAGUUUAAACACCUGGAAUGAGAAUACACAAGAAAGUAAACAAGGAUUAAAGCCAAUCAUGGAGUCUUUUACCCCAUUUCCUACGACUUUCUGGCUUUGCAACGAUCGCCUUGGGGCGCAGAUUUCUGAAAUUGAAUUGACAGGAUGGAUGAAAAAAGUGGAAAGCAGUCAAUUAAUUGAAGAUCCUGAAUUGCAAUUAAAAGUUAUUCAUGAUAAUAUUCGUUUUAUUGCUCUUCGGUGGCUUUUAAUUCCGAAAUUCCUUCUUGUUCAUUUCUACACAAGCAACCGCCGCUGUGCAGAAUGCAGUGUACAUACACCCGAAGGGCCGCUUAUUCCUUCUGUUUCUGCAAACGAUACAAUUGAGGCAUUGAAAAGUGGAAAAUCAGAUACGGCGGAAGGAGAAGAACAUUUUAAUGCAGUAGAGGAAUUAAAUACCCCGAGAGAUCUCAACAAAAACAAUUGCAAUCGAUGUUCCGUUUGCCCUUGCAGAAUCUGCAAACUGAUGCAGUGCCACAGACUGAGAGGGAUGGGCGGUCUUUUAAACUUUUGUCGCCUUAGAUGUCUGCAUAUGCAAUAUGCAUAUCAUUUGGUUUGCCCCACUACUGUUGGAAAUAUGAUGGAUUUAUCAUUUAAAGUGCAUGCAGCAGUUGAAUGA